CCAAGUCAAAAGCACGUUCACGGUUACCGGUGUCCGAGGAGAUCCCUGAGUUGCAGCCAUGGAGGCCUUCGGUAAUUUAUGACGCCUCGAUUGACGAGCUACGGAUCACUGAGGAGCGUCUUUCGAAGAAACUCGAAGAGUGGCGACGAAAAAGACCGGUGAAGGAAGAUUUUGAAGCGUCAGCUGGCAGGAUGCAGCGGGUUGCUGUUCAGGUACGGAUCCCUGAAUCACAGCAGCUCCGUCCACUCAAAAGAUUUGCCGUGCUCAAACGUGCUCCUUCGGAUUCCUAUGUAGCCAAUCAGAUAAGCACCGAACCUUCCCACAAAUUGUGUGGUCAAACGGAUGGAUGUACACAAUUAGGUCAAAAACAGGACUGGUUUACCGCGGGUUUCGGUCCAAGGGUCACGCCGAACGGUCACGUGGUUGAACACAGCAUUCUUGGGGAUCCGGAAAGCUUUUAUCGUACGGCAGUGUUACGGGGCGAUAUCACAUGGGAACUUGUACCUGAAGAAAUUCGUCGAAAACUACAACCUGAAUUCACAAAUCUUGAUUUUACGGUGGUUACGGGUUUGUCAACUUGUCCAAAGUCGCUACCGGCAAAAGUGCGGUGUGAUCCAUUCCCAAUAACUGGCGACCAAUCUGCUUUGGAAAACUGGCAACAGUGGCUUGCAAAGCAGAAAGCAAUGCAGAAACGUCUAUCUGAUAUGUCUAAGCGGAAGCCAAGCGAUCUCGUCAUGAAUUCUGGUGAAGAUUAUUACCUUAAUCAGCUUGGUCGAGAAAAGAUUGAGCGCACCCUUCCACUUGUUGCCCCGGGUAAAGGAAAUCGAUAUAAAAGCGAGUUUUGGAGUCAAAAUGAAUUCUUCCAAGGGAAGCGGAGCAGAGAUGUUUGUACAUCCCUUUCACUAAAACAGAAGGGGAUAUAUUACCCUUUGGAAUUCAUCAAAUGCCCCCAAUCCAUUCGUAAAGAAAAGGGCCUUGAUUCUCCGCCCUCGAGACCUUCCGCUUUGAUGUCGGUAAGUCGUUCAGUUCAGCUAACUGGACUUUACUCAAAGUCUGAAUACAUGGCAUCCCAAUUGAGGUCGCUUGAUCCACUUAUCACGACCAUUGUUCCACAUGAACCGGCUUUGGACGAACUCGAAAUCGUUGGACAAAAAGAAAUGGAUUCGAAUGACAGAAACCUUCCAGAAAACACGGAAAAUGUACCUGUUUUCAUGGGCCUCAGUGUAACAAACCAGCAGGAGCAACAUACUCAAGUACCACAGUUGGAGACGGAUUCUCCAAAACGGAACGUACCCCAAAGUUCGUGUCCGUCUCUGAUUAUUCAAGGUCAACCUGUAGAGUGGUUAGCCGAUCCUGACGAGCAAAAUGUAUUAGAUAUCGACGUUGUACUUCAUUCCACAGAUCCACAUGUGCGAACAGAAUACUUAACACUAAUGAACAACGGGAGGACCAUAAUAUUUUACGAGUGGAAUAAAAACCCAGAUUCAUCUCUCUUCGACUCUGCGCAUGCAAACUUCUACUUUGAUAAUCGGCAAGGGACUAUCCUUCCUGGGGACGAAGUGCGAAUUCCGGUCACUUUCAAAGCCCUCCGCGAAGGCAUUUUUAGGGAAACAUGGCUAGUCACCGCAGUUCCACAACUUCGAAAUCGGGCCCCAAUACAAGUUACCUUUUCCGGACUGGCUAUUUGGAAUGACGCGUACCAGUUCCACUGCGUUCGAGAAACGCCACCUUCUGUCGUGGUUCAACACGAGGCAAACUAUAUGAUGGUUUAUCGCCUGCUCAAUCAACUUGUGAUGAGUUUCGAGUGUCCCGAACGUCCCAUCACCCCAGAGGAUCCUUUGGUAACAGAAGAAGAGAUAUUCAAAAAGAGCAAUCCAAAGCUUUUCUACCAUUACGAUGUUGUACAAAAAUUGCAGAAGCUUCACCGUGACCUAAGAAUCCGUCAACUAACGCCGCCUGACGAAAAUGGGUGCACAGAUGUUCCCGAGCCUGAACCGUGGGACUAUUCUGUACGAAAUCUGAGAGAGAUGAUAUACGCCGAUGAACCUGAAAGUGGUCACGCGGAUAUUGUGAGCAAACAUCAAACAGAACUUGAUACUUUCUUCAAAUGUGCUGACAAACUAUGUUUUGCACCGACAGAGCUGAUGGUCAAACGCGGAACAAAACUGUACCAAACAGGUUAUCAAUAUUUGGAAAUCACACUUGUCAAUCUCUUCAAUCUGUGCUCGAGACUACGACGGAAUCACGGCUUGCCAGAACUGACCACAGGGACUACUACAGAACCCGGGGAGAACACACGCGUGCCAAGGGCUACUGAGCCAACCCAAACGCCUCAAGGUGGAUUCCUCAAGGGUCCUCCAGAAGGUUCACACCUUCAGGAAGAAGUGUUGGUGAUGCAAGUGGAAGAAUCCCUCAGCCAAGAGGCCUUACAUUCUUGGCGGCAGAAGAUUACCGGAAUUAUCUACUCGCAGCUUCUCACGUCCAUAGGAGAGAUGGCCGCCAUUUGGGAUCAGGCGGAAGGAAUAUGAACAAGGUGACUUGAUGCGCUAAAGCAUAACACCUCCCCAUGAAAAUUCGGUUGAUAAACUUGCACCAAACCUAUCUUCUAUGGGUGCAGUUCUCCGGUAGCUGUCUUUCAGGAGUUGAAGCAAAUCUGGAUGCACUGAUUUAUUCCCAUGCUGAGGAUUUUUAUAGCACUCAAUCAUUAAUUAGCUAGUUUCUUCGGAACAAGAAUUUCUCUAAGAACUGUCGUCCAGGUGGCUUGUGCUGACUUCAUGGCUUAAUACUUUCGAAUUGUCAAUCAAGACUGAUACCAAGGUUGUCAGAAUUCGUCACUUUCCUUCCAACUUCUCCAAAUUUUUACUCUGACACGCUUGAUUCAGUUGAACUUUGCCUUGAAACUAUGCCCGAAUUUGAGAUAGUUUCCUUCCCACCCAGUCUCAUAUCGAGUGUCAAAAUACUGGUUGCGAC